AUGGAGACACUGCCUUGUUUUGGCAUGACUAUUGGACAGAGCUGGGUCCGUUACACCUUUUCUACGGUUCCACGGGUCCACGUUCUCUUCGGAUCCCUCUCUGCCACCGUCUCUCAAGUAGUCGACAAUGGUCAUUGGAAUCUUCCACCAGCGCGUUCUGAACUAGAUGUAACGCUUCAGAUCAUCCUAUCGACAACGUCAGUUCCAUCUGCAGCUAACGGUGGGGAUGCUUAUCUGGUGACUUGGGAAAGGAUUCGCCUCCCUAGUCCUCUGGUUCAGUGGCAUUCAGUGGCUUGGUUCAAAGAGAAAAUCCCUCGUUGUUCUUUCAUCGCUUGGAUGGCGUUCCUUGGAAGGUACUUGGUGUCACCUCCUGCCUCACUCACUGAACUUGUGCUCAUCUGCCAGCAGCUCCCUGGACUUCAUGCCUCGCGGGCAGUGACUGUGCUCAAGCUUCUGAACCAAGUUAUCAUCUACAACGUUUGGCGUGAGAGGAAUUCCCGCAUUUUCACGGGAGUGUCAUCAAUUGAAGAUGCGUUCUUUCGCGUGGUGAACCAGGCUAUGCGAGACAGACUGCUGUCCUUAAUUCGGCCUUCAUCAUCUGCUCCCCCUCCUUUUUUGCUGGAGUUCUACUUUUGGUUUAUUUUCCCUUUUAAUUAA